AUGAUGGCCUCCACCACUGUGAACACACUGUUACCUCCUGUAAAGAGUGUGGUGGUGUACAAAAAUGGAGAUCCUUUCUUCUCAGGAAGGAGGUUCAUUGUGAACCAAAGGCAGGUCCUCACCAUGGAGGCUUUCCUGAAUGACGUCACUGUCAGCAUAGGUGCACCGCUGGCCGUCCGUACCCUCUACACGCCCCGCCACGGUCACCGAGUGCCCGAUCUGGAUCACAUUGAACAGGGGGCGCAGUACGUGGCUGCCGGGUUUGAGAAGUUCAAGAAGAUUGAUUAUACAAGUUUGGGCUUGAAGAGAUCUCCACUGACCAGAACUGGUGAAGCUUCACAGAUUAGAGGAUUUGCCAGACCCAAUGUUUCAGCAAAGUGGAGGAAGGUUGUGACUCUGCCCUGCAUAAUACAUGUUUUCAGGAACGGUGAUGUCCUCAGUCCUGCCAUGCGCUUCAUCAUUCCUCGCAGCAUGUUAAAAAGCCUGGAGCAAAUUCUCAGCCUGGUGUCAGAGAAAGCCAUGCUGCGUAACGGCGCUGUUCGUAGGCUGUGCACGCUGGACGGAGUGACGGUGACAUCGGUGGAGGAGCUAGAGAGCGCCCAGUAUUAUGUAGCCGUUGGUGCUGAGAGAUUUAAGAAGCUACCGUAUGUGGAGUUGCUGCUGAAAAAAGCAGCAGCAGGCAGUGCAGACAGGCAUUAUGUUGCAGAUCGGGGUGUGCACAGGAGAUCCGAGAACAGGAAAAUAUUUCCACAAGACAGCCACAGUGACUCUGCUCUCUUGGACACACCAGAGAGAGACGGAAGGCGGGUAAAGUCGACAGGAGACGAGGAUGUGACAGAAGAAGUGAAUCUUUCUCGGCCCUUGCAAAGAAGAAGAAACGAGACGGAGGAUAAAUCCGUAUUUUACGCUAAACCUGUCCGGGUGCGCAAACACAGAUCCACGCAUAGAACAAUAAACAGAGCCACAGGUCAGCCCAGUGUGUUUAAGGCUGUAGGGAGGAGGAGAGAUGAGGUACGAGGAGCUGAGGAGGUGGCAGAGGAUGAAACCACGGCUGUGGAACUCCCCAUAGACCAGAGAGUUGCUGAAAUUGUACAGGAUGAGGAAUUUAAUGAGAGCCAACCAGGGACUAAUCACAUGCUCCAGACUGAAGAGCCUGAUGAGCACAUGGCCUCAUCCAGUCUGUCUCCUAGCGACAGAGGUCAUGGUGUGAAGGACGACAGAGUGUCUGAUGAUGAGACGUUACCAAGACAAAACGCGUCCCCUACCAGAGAGACAGAAACACAGGACGUGGACAUAUUUAGCGAGAGUUUGGAACAUGAAAGAGAUGAUCAAGAUGAAAGUUCCCAUGAAGCUGAACCUUUGAACCAUGUCGGUGAGACUCGGAGUCCUCAUCACACCUCAUCGCCCCUGGAACAGGGAGAGUAACCUGUAAAUUCACAUACAUUUCCUUUUAUUUGAGAAAUGUGUGUAUCUUUUCUUUCUCUUUUAGUUUUGCCCUUGAGCUACAAUGAUAAUAAAAUGAUCAGUUACAAUACUGUAACUGAAA